AGUGACUGCUCCUCUGUUUUCCCUUAGUCCUUCAGAUCAAACUACCAACUUCUUACCAUGACUCAACAACCAAUCAGCCUCCCUGCCAAGCUCAUCAAUGGUGGAGUUGCUGGAUUAGUGGGUGUAACAUGUGUGUUCCCCAUAGAUCUAGCCAAGACAAGGCUACAGAACCAAAGAGGCAACCAACGAGUCUACAAAAAUAUGAUGGACUGUCUGAUAAAAACUGUUCGUUCUGAGGGCUACUUUGGGAUGUACAGAGGUGCAGCAGUCAACCUGACACUAGUGACCCCUGAGAAGGCCAUCAAACUGGCUGCCAACGACUUCUUCCGUCAACGGCUCAGCAGAGGAGAACUCAAGCUGAGCGUGUUUCAGGAGAUGCUGGCUGGCUGUGGGGCAGGGAUGUGUCAGGUUAUUAUCACAACCCCUAUGGAAAUGCUCAAGAUCCAGCUUCAGGAUGCGGGUCGACUUGUGGCCCAGCAGAGGAAGCUAGCCAUGCUCCACACUGUUAAACUUGGAGGGGCCAGCCCAGUCCUGAAUUGCUCGUACAGUGUGGGUCCUGUGUCUUCAAACAGGAAAGUGUCGGCCAUUCAGAUUACCCAGGAACUACUUCGCACAAAGGGCAUCCAAGGACUUUAUAAAGGACUAGGUGCAACUCUCAUGAGGGACAUCCCUUUCUCUGUGGUUUACUUUCCACUCUUUGCCCACCUCAACCAACUGGGAAAGUCAUCUGAGGAUGAGAAUGUGCCAUUUUAUUGGUCCUUUAUUUCAGGCUGUGUAGCUGGAUGUACAGCGGCUGUGGCAGUCAGCCCUUGUGACGUGGUGAAAACCAGGCUGCAGUUGCUCAAUAAAAGUGCAAACGAAGACACCUACAAUGGUGUGACAGACUGUAUCAGAAAGAUCAUGCGGAAAGAAGGGCCAACUGCUUUCCUGAAGGGUGCCAGCUGCAGGGCGCUGGUCAUUGCUCCACUUUUUGGAAUUGCUCAAGUGGUUUACUUUGUUGGUGUUGGAGAGUUCCUCUUGGGACAAACCCCAUUCAACCUUUACUCUGUCUAAACACCUUCACAGUAUGAAACCAUCUGAAUUAAACUUAAAAGUCCAAGGCAGCCAUGAUGUGACUAAGUAUCUGAGAACAAGCGUGUUUUGGAGAAGACUGUGAAUAGCUUUGAGUUUAAGUGGGAAAACAUUACAAUAAGGCUAUAUUUGUUAACAGUAGUUAAUUAUAUUAGUUAACAAUGAACAAUACUUUUCAGCACUUGGUAAAUGUUAAUUUCAACAUAUACUAAAUACAUUUUUUUUAUUAAAAUUGUAUACUGUAUGUUAUCAGUAGUAAAUACAUGAUAAACUACAUGAAUUACAACCAAACAAUUGUUUUCUUAUAAAUUAACAUUAACCAAGAUUAAUAAAUGCUGUAAAAUAAUAUUGUUCAUUGUAAGUUCAUGAUACUAUUGCAUUUACUAAUGUUAACUAAUGGAACCUUAUUGUAAAGUAUUACUGUUGAAGUUUAAUGUUUUUACAUGCAAAUUUUAGCAUGUUCUACUGGCUUAUUCAGGAAGCUAUAACAACAUUGCACAUGGUUACGUUUCUUUUUCUGUUGAAAAUGUAUGUCCAGAGAAGAUCAGGUUUAUCCUCAGUGAGGGUUGAUUUGUAAACAUACAGUCAUGAUUCAUGUGCUCAGAGAGCCAGAAAAUCUUCAAUAUUUUUGACAUUUUCACACUCAUGUCCUUCAUUAACUGUUCUGUGCAAUCAUUCUUGUGACAUUUUGUAAAUGUAUGAGCCACAUUAUGAGGAAAGCCCUGCUAAAAAUCAGCUUUAAGUCAGCAUAUAAUGGUUUGCUGGUCUUAGCUGAUUUAGGCUGUUCAAGCUGGUUUCCUUGCUUGGCCAAGCUGGUGGUCAGCUGGUUUAUCUUGGUGGCCAGAAGAUCUCCCAGCCAGACUGAAAAGUGGCAAAACCCCCUCUAAAACCAUCCAACAGACCAUCCUGGCCAGGCAUAGAGACCGGCUAAGAUUGUUAUACAAUAUCAAGACUCUUAAAAAGACACAAAUAGAGACACUAUGUUUGACGUCCUGUUGAAGUGGAUGAACGAUUGACUAGUUGGUCAAUGUGAGUGUGAAUUUAUUACGUUCAGAAUUAAAACAAAAACUCUGUCUCACGUAAACGUGCUGAAUUGUCAUACUCAGAUCUUGAAACAGGUGUGUACACAUUUUAUACCAUUCCAAGCAGCCAAGAAGUAGUUUUGGUUUAAGUGUUGUUCACACUUCAUGCAAAGUAAUAAAUAAAUAAAAAAAAUAUAUGUGAACAAUGGUUUUGAUGUUUGCCACAAGGACCAUUACAACCUAAAAUCAAUGUAUCAAUUUAAAGUCAAUUUGUGUUUUGUUCUUAUUAAAGGUGAAGUAUGUAAUUUCUGCUCAUAGUAGCAGCAAAUGGAAUUACAAAUAUAAAACAACCUGUGCCAA